CAUGACGAACCCAGAAUGGGAAACCAAACAGCCAUCACAGAAUUCAUCCUCUUGGGGUUCCGGGAUCUCCCUGAGCUGCAGACCCUUCUCUUCCUGCUGUUUCUAGUGAUCUAUGUUUUGACCAUGGCUGGGAACCUCCUCAUUGUUGUACUAGUUGUGGCUGAUCAGCACCUUCACAUCCCCAUGUACUUCUUCCUGGGGAACUUGUCCUGCUUGGAGACCUGCUACACUUCCAACAUCCUGCCCAGGAUGUUGGCCAGUUUCCUGACAGGGGACAGAACCAUUUCAUUCAAUGGGUGUCUCACACAAUAUUAUUUUUUUGGAUGCUUAGCAGCUGCAGAAUGUUUUCUCCUAGCAGCCAUGUCUUAUGAUCGGUACCUAGCGAUAUGCAAACCCCUGCAUUAUGGAGCCCUCAUGAAUGGGAGGCUUUGCCUCCAGCUAGCUACAGUGUCUUGGGUAAGUGGCUUUCUGUCUAAUACUAUAUUAACAUAUUUUAUCUCAAACUUAAUCUUCUGUGGUCCCAAUGAAAUUGGCCAUUUCUUCUGUGAUUCCUUCCCAAUGAUGAAACUCUCCUGCAGUGACACUCAUCUGACUGGACUUUUAACGUCCAUUGUGGCUUGCAUAUGCUCACUGCCUCCGUUUCUAUUAACCAUGACAUCCUAUAUUUAUAUCAUUACCUCCAUCCUGAGAAUCCCUUCCAGCACUGGAAGAAAGAAGACAUUUUCCACCUGCUCCUCUCACCUUAUUGUGGUUACAAUUUUCUAUGGGUCGAUACUGAUUGUGUAUGUGCUUCCGCAUAGCAACAGACUGAAGGACUUUAACAAAGUCUUCUCUGUCUUUUACACCAUCCUGACUCCCAUGGUCAAUCCACUCAUCUACAGCCUGAGAAACAAGGAAGUAAAGGAGGCCCUGAGGAAAGCUUUCAAUAAAUGUAUGGAUUUUAAGACACUGCAGAAAAUUCAGAUUGCUUCAAGCUAGUGAAACACUAUUCAUAAUUUUGAUUUUCUUUUGAGUCAGUGAGACGCAGCCAGGCAUUCCGUAGUUUUAGCCACUGGGAAUGUACAGCUGUAACAUCUGCAAAUAUGCAGGCAAAACAAAAAAAAGAGUGUAGAGUGCAGGAUCUAUUGAUUCUGUCGUAUAAACAGUUUAUAUAUGUAGGAAGAUAUGUUUGUAGCAAAUUCAGUUAAGUAAAAUAAAUAAAUUUGUCUCACUAUAUGCCACUUCUCUUUCUUUCUUUCUUUCUUUCUUUCUUUCUUUCUUUCUUUCUUUCUUUCUUUCUUUCUUUCUUUCUUUCUUUUAUGAUACCAUCCAAGAUGUUUGGUACAUACUUGGCCGGCUUGCCCCUCCUGCCACAAGAUCCAGUGGGGCUACAUUUCUAUUUUUAGCACACUAGCUCAGUCAGAGCUAGUGUGGGUAUGUCUCCUUGAGCUGGAAACUACACCAUCCAACUCCAGUUUAUAAAUACCCUUUGUGACUGUAGAGUGGUAUUAAACCCUCGUAAUGAAGGGGAGAAUUUGAAAUGCAAACAAAUGCUGAAAUAUUGGUAUUGCUCAUCAGAGAAAAAUUAAAUUUGCUGAUCAGCUGUUCUAUCCAUGGAACUAUCAAAAGUUUUCUGAUUCUAACUUUAUCAUUAAUACAUUUUCUCUCACUCUUGACAUCUCCAGCACUUCGUCUCCUCCCUUGAUCUCUCUCCACCUCAACUUCAUGGCCUGAGCUUAGAGUUCUAGGACCAGGAUUCAGCAGAAUUCUCCUGACCCCUCUCCCUUGGUAGCUUCAACCUGGCUGCUCUCUCAGAUCACAGAAAACCAGACAUGCUGUAAUAUUUAGCGGAACACGCAGUCAUGUCUGCAGUCCUGUUUGGAUGAGCACUCAUCACCCAAUCAGUGAGAGACCUAAAAGGGACCAGGCUGGCUGUGCAGUCUUUCCUAGAAGAUGUGUAAUUCAGUAAUUAAUUAUUUGAUCCAUUAAAGUGCCAUGAGGCCUAUCUGACAAGCUACAAACUGUGAAUACUGUGCUCCCCUGCCACCG